GAGAGCGAGAGAGAGUGUUCAAAUAAAUCCUUACCACAUUAUGAUUAGAGCGCACAAGUCCUGCCUCUGAUAUGAGUGCAGAAGGAACCAGGAUUACAACUACACUAAUCUGAGAAGCACAACUGCACACUGAACCGACCAUGUAACCCCACCAAACCAUCAGGGGUCAGGGAACAACUACUAAACGGGCACAAUCGACACUUACAACUUCCCUUAAUGAUAAGAAUCAACAAGCUACAAGUACAAAAUACUACAACCUAAAGAAAGCGGAGACAAAAAUAUCUACUGGCUGAGAAGCCACUACUAAAAAGAGAAGAUCUGUCUGCCGGCCACAGCCACCUGUUCAUACGGGCACAGGCAACCACCAGUAUUCGGAAAAAUCUGUGGCUUUUAUUGGAAUGAAGACUUCAUGCACCGGACACACAAGCCAGAGACAAGUAAAUAAGGAAUUUAUUCUGGACAUAUUUGAUGGGAUCCACAUCUAAGAGAUGUGUCCAACUAACCAGUGACCUUCUUGGACAAGGACGCUAUAUGCUCCUCGACCGGACAGUUGUGGAUAAGCAUCUCAUCUCUCGCCAUUCUCCUCUGUCAUCUACUUUCCCUCCGUCUCUCCGCGCACCUCCUCGCCUCUCCCUCCCUCCAGCCAUCCAUCCCACCCUCCCCUCACGGACGACGAUGUGACCUUCUGCCAAACUGCUAGAGACCAUGCCACCAUCGCAGUGGGAUCUUCUGUCUACACUGAAAUAGACUCGAACGACAGCCGAAAGGAAAGAAAGAGAGAGAGAGAAAAUAAGGAAAAAAAUCACGGAGGAGUCGAAAUGUGCUGUCGGAAGUCCGGGCUGCAUGUGGUUUGCCAAAGCAGGCAGUAGGCUGAGACUGAGAUGGGCGUUCAUCUAGGGUGUCUCAGCGACACACUGUGGCUGCCGUUGCUGCUGCUGUUGUCCGUCAGCUCCGCCCCCCAUUGCCAGGGCCGACCGUUUGGGAUGGUUGACUCCACCGUGAACGUGGCGGUGGUCUUCAGUGGCUCCACCUACCAGAUGGAGAUCAAAGGGCGACUGAGUCGAGAGAACUUCAUGGACCUGCCGCUGGAGGUGAACCCCAUUACCGUGCUGGUGAACAACACUAACCCGCGCACCCUACUGACACGCAUCUGCGACACGCUGGCUGCUAACAGGGUGCACGGAGUGGUCUUUGAAGAUAACAUUGGGUCGGAGGCAGUGGCUCAGAUCCUGGACUUCAUCUCCACGCAGACGGCGGUGCCCAUAUUGGGCAUCAGUGGAGGGUCCGCUGUGGUCUUACCGCACAAGGGUGACGGCUCUACCUUUCUUCAGCUGGGUGCCUCCAUUGGGCAGCAGAUCAGUGGCAUGUUUAAAAUGAUGGAGGAGUACAACUGGGACAGUUUUGUGGUGGUGACCAGUUUGUACCCAGGCUACGACAGCUACGUGGACCACAUCCGCGCCUUUAUCGAUACGUCCUAUUUCCUCUGGGAGAUGCAGGACGUCUUAACGUUCGACAUGUCCGCGGACGGCAUGAACGACCUCCGUGCCCGAAGGUUACUUCAGCAGAUCGAUGCCCAGGUGAUUCUGGCAUACUGCUCUCACGAUGAGGCCCAAUACCUGUUCACUCUAGCCAGGGAAGCGGGUUUGGCCGGUCCAGGGUAUAUCUGGUUUAUUCCCAGCCUGGCAGUGGGAAACCCCAAUUUACCUCCACCAGACAGUUUUCCCGUUGGAUUGAUUAGCAUUAUCACAGAUCGCUGGAAGAUGAGCUUGAGGAACAGGGUCAGGGAUGGCGUAGCCAUUGUCGUAAAAGGAGUGGAGAGCUUCCGCAAGCAAAGGGGGUUUAUUCCCGACGGACACAUGGAUUGUCAGAGUACAGUUCGGCCGUCUACCAACGAAACCCUCUAUAGGUACAUGCUGAAUGUGUCCUGGGAGAACACAGACUUUUCCUUCAACAAUGAUGGAUAUCUGGUCAAUCCUACCAUGAUUAUAAUCACUCUGGACCGGGGCAGACAGUGGGAUAAGGUGGGAAAUUACGAGUUUGGUAUACUGCAAACGAGAUACCCCGUCUGGCCGCGUUACGGGUCCUACCUGGAGCCUGUGUCAGAUAACCGUCACUUAACAGUAGCCACGCUGGAGGAAAGGCCUUUUGUAAUCGUUGAAGCCGUGGAUCCAGUUACUGGCACCUGCCUGAGCAACACUGUCCCCUGUAGACGCCAAUCAAACAAGACAGAAACGAUUGUUGGACAUACUGAGCCCUACACCAAACUUUGCUGCAAAGGUUUCUGCAUAGACAUUUUGAAGAAGCUCUCGCGUAACAUCAAAUUCUCCUAUGACCUCUACCUGGUCACCAAUGGUAAACAUGGUAAACUGGUACGUGGGAUCUGGAACGGUAUGAUCGGAGAGGUGUUUUAUAGGAGAGCGGACAUGGCCAUCGGCUCUCUCACUAUAAACGAGGAGCGAUCCGAGAUCAUUGACUUCUCUGUGCCAUUUGUGGAGACUGGAAUUAGUGUGAUGGUGGCCAGGAGCAAUGGAACCGUUUCUCCAUCUGCUUUCCUGGAGCCAUACAGUCCGGCCGUGUGGGUGAUGAUGUUCGUCAUGUGUCUUACUGUAGUCGCCGUGACUGUGUUUGUAUUCGAAUACUUCAGCCCUGUGGGCUACAACCGCAGUCUGGUUAGUGCCAAAGAUCCAGGUGGGCCGACAUUCACCAUUGGAAAGUCAGUCUGGCUGCUUUGGGGGAUCGUCUUUAACAACUCUGUGCCCAUUGAAAACCCCAAAGGCACCACCAGCAAGAUCAUGGUGCUGGUGUGGGCUUUCUUUGCCGUGAUCUUCCUGGCCAGCUACACCGCUAACCUUGCUGCCUUCAUGAUCCAGGAACAGUACAUCGACACCGUGUCCGGGCUGAGUGACAAAAAAUUUCAGAGACCGCAAGACCAGUACCCUCCGUUCCGGUUCGGUACGGUGCCCAACGGCAGCACGGAACGAAACAUUCGCAGCAAUUAUCCAGAGAUGCAUUCGCACAUGGUGAAGUACAACCAGAAAGGUGUGGAAGAUGCCCUCAACAGCCUCAAAACAGGGAAGCUGGAUGCUUUUAUAUAUGAUGCAGCUGUGCUGAACUACAUGGCUGGUAAAGAUGAAGGCUGUAAACUUGUGACUAUCGGUAGUGGGAAAGUAUUCGCUACUACAGGUUAUGGUAUCGCCCUUCAGAAAGAGUCUCGCUGGAAGCGACCCAUUGAUCUGGCUCUUCUUCAGUUCCUCGCUGAUGGUGACACUCAGAAGCUUCAGACCGUGUGGUUGACUGGCAUCUGUCGUAAUGAGAAGAAAGAGGUGAUGAGCUCUAAACUCGACAUAGACAACAUGGCCGGGGUGUUUUACAUGCUUCUGGUGGCCAUGGGUCUCAGUCUGCUGGUGUUUGCCUGGGAACAUCUGCUUUACUGGAAACUACGACAUUCUGUCCGCAAGUCUGACCGCUUGGACUGCUUACUAGCCAUCAGCAGGGGAAUCUACAGCUGUUUUAAUGGUGUAGAGGACAUGGACCGUAAAGGGAACAUGCAGAACCCAGAUGUCACCACCAGCUACACUCAGGCUAACAUGCUGAAAAUGCUCCAGACAGCUAAAGACAUCGUCUCAUCUGCCAGAGUGGAAAACUCUUUGGACAACGCCACCAAGACCAUUGAGAACUGGAGUCGACGUGAUCCAGAGGCGGCAAGACCUACUCUUCCCACCUGCCUCAUAGGAACUGAUUUCAGCCACAGUCGCCUACCCUUCAUUUCCAGUGUCACAGACAAUCAUUCACCUUACCAACAAAAUGUGGAGAGCACCACCCAGCAUCUCCUGGAAAAGCCUCACACGAGCACACGUCCUACCUCACUGCGCUACACCCUUCCGGCACGAACCAGCCAACACCACAUCUAUGAACGAACGCUACCCAUAUCCAGCCUCAGCAGUCCACAUAUUGCCAUGAGAGACCCGCCUCCUCCUACAGCUCCCAAACCCCAUGUGUACGUGGAUCCAUCCUGUCACCCUCGCUACAUCUCUUACCGUGACUUUCAGGUACCUGACAUCUUCGUAGAGCACCAGGAAACUCCCGUAAGCCAUAAACCGUACAUGGCAGGUCUUGGUCGAAAUAAAAGGUCCCACAGCUACGUGGCAGCAUCUCCUGAAACUCGACGUAGGGACGAUUACGACGUCCCUCAGUCUUGCCUGGCCGAGCUUAAAAGUGAUCAUCUCCUGGAAAACCAUUCCCAUACCACACCCUGCAUGAGAAGUCAAUACCAGAGACCCAUUUCAAGCUGCAACGCCUGCACAAAGCUGUAUAUAGAACCGGACACGGAUGACAUUCCUCUUCUUGGGAAGGAUAAAGUCAACCGCCGCGCCUCUUUUCUCAGGGCCACGUGGGGCGGCGAUCGGAUCGGGCAGAUUGACGAGAAGCCCAGCACUUCGGCAUCCUCUAGCAGUUGCAUCAACAUGCCGGACCUUUUCCCAAGAGUUUUAGUUACGAAUCCCAAACCCUCAAAGACGUACGGGAGUGUCGGUAACAGUCGUCGUUACAACGUGCCGGCGGAACCCGCCUAUCUGGACCCGGCCCACAUGGGCUCCUAUCCUUACAAGCCCCAAAAGCUCAAAUAUUCAAAGUCCAUCCGUCUUCCGUCAUACCGGGAGGCACUAAUACAGAACACAGCAUCCCUGCGUCGUUCCACUUCCACACUGGUGCACGGACACUAUUCGACAUACCUGAACUCGUACACGGACAUGCCUAUGUACCUGGGGCCUCUACCACAGGGGCCUGCCCAUUUCCACGACCACUCCAAAGACAUGUGCCACCUGUUUCCCUGCGCCAGCCAUUGCCCGGAUAAUGCUGCUCUGGUUCACCGGUUAGGCAGCAGACACACGGUGUACCAGAGCACAGGUUUCGGAGGCUACGAGGGGGCCGGGCGUUUACCCCAGCAGUCGCUACACACUUUGCCGGUGUCUUCUGUGUGUAGGGACCGUAGGCAGGUUCUAGUUGCACGGAAUGUACACAGUCCCUUCGCUCCAAGGCCCUGGAGGAGGGUGUCCAGCCUGGAGUCAGAGGUGUGAAGUCUUUUUUAGGCUUUGUGGGAGAAACAUUGCUAAACCGAAUCAAGCAAAAAAUCUUAAGGUGGACUAACAGUGGUGGUAAACUCAGUGCAAUAAUACAACAAGACUGCAGGGAUGAGGUGGGGGGAUGUAUAAGUGAUUACUGUGGAGAUAAGUAUAAUGAAAAAACUAAAAGUUAAAAUAUUUAAUAGUUCUUAAUAUAUAAUCUAUUGAUUGUUUAACUGUUUUAAAAUGCCAUUAUACCCAUUAUAUUAAUUCUCUGCGAUCAAUCGGAUAUACAGUAGCAUGUUUUAUGGCAGCUUUAAUCCUGAAGGGUUAAAUUUAAAAUCUGUUGUUUUUUUCACCAUUUUAAAUCUACACCCCACCAAACUUGGGGAAUUUUAUAAUGUAGGUACACAAAAAUGUCUUCCAGGAAUUUUAUAAAACCAAGGGUUUGAGAAAGCCAUCAAAUUUUGUCACUACACGAAAUGUAAUACAGUUCUGAUUAGACAUACAAAAUGCAGUUUCACAGCUAUUUUACCGUUUAAUAAAUGAUGGGAUGACUUGACGGCAAGUUGAAAGUUUCUUGUGGUUGAGUAGGUAUAGCUGCGCACAGUGGCGGCCGGUGACUCCGUUAUCGAGGACACACGAUCCGAAACUCGUCACAUCAUGUAUGUAGCCCAGAGGCUCAUCAUUUCAAAAUAUGUGUUCACUGCGUCAUAUAAGCUUAUGUGCAUCAUGUGUGAUGUCAAAAUACGAGCCUGCUGCAGACGCAUCUAAAGGGUUUAUGAAAGAAGAGACGCCAAAUACUCGCUUAAUCUCAUGUGUAAUCAGAGUUUAGUGUUAAGUUAAUGUCUUUCAAGUAUUUUGUGAACACAAGUGUCUCUUUUAUCAUAAAUCCUUUAGAGGCUGUUUACACUUGGCAUUAACAUGCGUUUUCGUCGAUCGGAUCACAAGUGGACGACGUUAAUGCCAGGUGUAAACGGUGUUCAAAACGUUUUGAACGCGUCCACUUUCGACCACUUUCAACCACAUCCAGAGGUAGUCGAAACCACUUUUGAUCGGAUCGCUUUGGAGCUGCGGAACGCAAUGUGGUUGAAUGUGUUCGAACAGCCACACGCGACCGCCUUCUCUCCGCCCAUUUAUCUAAUCUGAGGUAUUAAACACAAAUUUUACGUCUUUUUUUGACUUCUGGCUUGAACAUACGGUGAACAGCGCUAUUUUUAGCCUUUCAUUGAUAAAACUACUGUGGGUGUUCGCCGUAGUUUCGUUUUGAAAGCGUGAAAGUUGCGCGAUCCUAUUUCAUCAAUUGCGCUGAAAAUUCAGAGAAAGCUCUAACAUAUACACGUACAAAACACUGUGCAGCAUGUUUACUUGCUAAACAAGCAGCGGACUCCGACAUAAUAUUAGUUUGCGUCCAUAUAAACUCAUCAUUACUCCCUCUCGAGUUUGAAUGACAGCAGAGAGACUCGCCCACCGUCUCACAGACCACCCCCUCACAGUAUUCAGGACAGAAGGGGUCGAAAGUGGACAAAAGAGAUGGAUUUAAAUACCAGGUGUAAACGUGAUGUGUCUCUCUCGUCCACUUGUGAUCCGAUCGAUGAAAACACAUCUUAAUACCAAGUGUAAACAGCCCCUUAGACGCAUGUGCAGCAGGCACAUAUUUUGAAUUGCGCCCCUCGGAAGGGAAGUCACCAGCCACCACUGGCUUCACUUUUAAGUCAUUGAUCAUGUGGUUGCAUUAAACCCCACAUGUGUGAUAUAAGCAGAUCAGACAUCUAGAGAUGAUGUCCCUAAAGGCUCUUAGUGGUCUCUGUUAAUGGAAGGUGCUCUUGUUUCCUUUGAAGCCACUGAAUGAGUUCUCUCUUAAAGGAUUUUGAGAAAGUGAAAUGGUAAAAUUAUUUUGGCCAGGACAAAUAAUGACCUUAGUUUUUAAUAAAUGUGUGAAAAUGGUUGCAAAUCCCCACCAAAGUGAACGUUGAGGUUAGAAGUAAUCAGUCUGAAAUCUCAUUCAUUUCACAUUGUAAUGAACUGUUAUGCAGUGGUUGGUGAACUUUAUUAAAGACAUUCAUUUUUACUAUUAUGCAUUUGGCAGACGCUUCUAUCCAAAGCGACUUACGGUGCAUUCUAGUUUUAUCAGUAUGUGUGUUUUAUUGAAUCAAACUUACAGUAUGACCUUUUGCGCUGCUAACACAAUACUCUACCAUUUGACCUACAGAGCAUUCACUGAAACACUCUUGCGGCAUUACAAUAUAUAAAGUUUUCACAUUUAACCUAUUUGGUUGGGUUGGCUCAACCUAAAAUGCUGGGUUGUUUUAAAGAGGACUUUUUUACAAGACUUUAAGAUAAAUAAAAUA